AUGUCUGAUACUAGCUCUGUCAACCAGAGACUUUUGGGGUCUGAAAAUUAUCAAAAACUGCGUAAUUCAGGCGUUUUAUUGGUGGGAGCAGGUGGAAUAGGAUGUGAACUGUUGAAAAACUUGGUGUUGAUGGGGUUUGGGUCAAUCGAUAUUGUGGAUUUGGAUACAAUUGAUCUCUCGAAUUUAAAUCGCCAGUUUUUGUUUAGACAUCGUGAUAUUAAACAGCCAAAAUCAACAACUGCGAUCAAAGCGAUCCAGCAUGUCAGCAAUUCUAAGCUUACGGCACAUACAGCAAACAUCAUGGAUGUAGAAACGUUCCCGCUGAGCUGGUUUGACCAAUUCGCCAUCAUUUUCAAUGCCCUCGACAAUCUGGAGGCCCGUCGCUACGUCAAUCAAAUGGCCCAGUUCUUGCACAAGCCUCUACUGGAAAGUGGCACUGCAGGGUUUGACGGGUAUAUUCAACCUAUAAUUCCUGGCUCGACAGAAUGCUUCGAUUGUACCACUAAGGAAACACCAAAAACUUUCCCAGUGUGUACUAUCAGAUCGACCCCUUCACAACCCAUUCACUGUAUUGUUUGGGCCAAGAACUUCCUUUUCGCACAGCUCUUUGCGUCCAGCGGCUCAACAAUUGGCGACGGCGACCUUGGCACUGAUAAUCCGGAAGAAAUAAAGAGAAUACAGCAGGAGACUAAUGAGCUGCUUGAGCUGCAAGAGUAUGUCAGGGCCGGUGAUGAGUCUAAGAUCCCGGAGAUUAUUAAAAAAAUAUUUGUCCAAGACAUACAGAAACUACUGGCCAUUGAAGAACUGUGGAAAACGCGCGAAAAGCCAGUCCCGCUGCCAGACAUUGAAGUUGAUGGAAUUGUUAAUACUGACUUAAGUUCGGUUUGGACCAUACAAGAACAGGUCAACGCAUUUGUACUUUCCACGCAACGUCUUAUGAAGAGACUCCCUGAAGAGGGACAGAUAGAAUUUGAUAAAGAUGAUCAAGACACCUUAGAAUUCGUCACAACAGCGGCAAACAUCCGCGCUCACAUUUUCAAGUUACCUCUGAAGUCCCUCUUUGACAUUAAGCAAAUUGCUGGUAAUAUCAUUCCCGCGAUUGCAACCACUAACGCUAUUAUUUCUGGCCUUUCCGCACUUGCAUCACUCAGAGUUUUAAAUCUCAUAAAGAAUCAGCCAGAGGCUAAAGCUCAGGAGCUCAACAUGGCAUUCACUUCGAAAGCGAGCAAUAUCUCUAGCAACCGCUACAUAUCGAACCCACAACUGGCACAUCCUAACCCAAAAUGUCCAGUAUGCUCAAUAGCGCGUGGGGUUUUGCAUGUUUCACAAGAGGCAUUGAAGACUACAACGCUUUCAGAGCUCAUCCAGAAAAUACAAGAAAAAUACAGGUUUGAAGGAGAAGUGUCUAUUCUCGAUAAAUCUACCCAAAGACUUCUUGCAGAUUAUGAUUUUGAAGAUCUGCUCGACAAAACAUUAGCUGAACUAAACCUCAAGCACGGCAUUAUUCUUUCAAUCUCAGAUGAGAGCGUUGCGGAUGAGGUUCGCUGCACGACGGAGUUUUAUCUUGAUGAAGUUAAAGAUGCGCAACUCCGACUUCCCAACAUAGAAGUUCCUCUCGUUAAGGUCAUCCCAUCUACUGAGGAGACUGAUGAUGCUGUUGGCGCCAUAGAGAGUACCGCUUCAGGCGAAAUAAUUUUGGAUGCCUUAGAAGAUAAGAAUGAGAAGAAGCGGCCUUUAGAAGAUGAAGAGUCAUCGUCAUCUUUACCACCUUCUAAAAAAUCAGCCACGACGCACGACGAAGGUGUUGUCAUACUGGACUAA